ACUGAGGCUGACGUAAACCUGCGCGUCCGUGGCUGCCGAGGCACCGGUAGCUGCCGCUUCUCCCUGGUUACCCCAUUAAAAACACGUAUAAUUCACCGCCUCAGCGGACACGCAACUGGACAAGACAUGGCGACGGAGCUAACGAAAGCUGUGGAGCAAGUCUCUGUGGCCGAGGUGUACGUGUCGGACAAAUGUGGCAGUGACAAGGAUGGAGACGGCACGGAGCAGAAACCCUUCAAAACUGCUCUCAAGGCUCUGAUGUUUGCUGGGAAGGAGCCGUUCCCGACCAUCUACGUAGACUCGCAAAAGGAGGAAGAGCGCUGGGCAGUGAUCUCGAAGACGCAGAUGAAAAAUGCAAAAAAGGCCUUUAACCGUGACCAGAUGAAAAGCGGUGCCAAAGAUAAGAAGGAGGCAGAGGACAUCGAGAGGAGAGAGAAGAACCUGGAGGACGCCAAGAACAUCGUCAUCGAGAAGGACCCCAGCCUACCUGAGCCUGAAACGGUGAAAAUUCACCACCUGGAGCCAAAGCGAGGUCAGAGGGUCAAAGUGUUUGGAUGGGUUCAUCGGCUCAGGAGACAGGGGAAGAACCUGAUGUUUAUUGUGCUGAGGGAUGGAACUGGUUUCCUCCAGUGUGUCCUGUCUGAUAAACUGUGCCAGUGCUACAAUGGUUUGGUGUUGUCCACAGAGAGCACGGUCGCUCUGUACGGCACCGUCACUGCAGUUCCUGAGGGGAAACAGGCGCCCGGUGGACAUGAGCUGCACUGCGACUUCUGGGAGCUGGUCGGCUUAGCUCCAGCGGGCGGCGCCGACAACUUGCUGAACGAAGAGUCGGAUGUAGACGUGCAGCUGAACAACAGACACAUGCUGAUCAGAGGAGAGAACGUCUCCAAGAUCCUGCGAGUGCGAUCCACUGUCACACAAUGCUUCAGGGACCACUUCUUCAACCGCGGAUACUAUGAGAUAACUCCUCCCACACUGGUGCAGACUCAGGUAGAGGGCGGCUCCACCCUCUUUAACCUCAACUACUUUGGCGAGGAGGCGUACCUGACGCAGUCCUCGCAGCUCUACCUGGAAACCUGCAUCCCGGCUCUGGGCGACACCUUCUGCAUCGCCCAGUCGUACCGAGCCGAGCAGUCCCGCACCCGCAGACAUCUGUCAGAAUACACUCACGUCGAGGCCGAGUGUCCCUUCAUGUCAUUUGAGGACCUGCUGAACAGACUCGAGGAUCUGGUGUGUGACGUGGUGGACCGUGUGCUCAAAUCCCCCGCCGCUCAGCUGCUCUACGACAUCAACCCUAACUUCAAACCUCCGAAAAGACCGUUCAGGAGGAUGAACUACACCGAAGCCAUCGAGUGGCUCCGAGAGCACGACGUCAAGAAGGACGACGGCUCCUACUACGAGUUUGGAGAGGACAUCCCCGAGGCUCCAGAGAGGUUGAUGACCGACACCAUCAACGAGACCAUCCUCCUCUGUCGUUUCCCUGCUGAGAUCAAAUCCUUCUACAUGCAGCGCUGCUCUGACGACAAGCGCCUCACCGAGUCGGUCGACGUGUUGAUGCCAAACGUUGGCGAGAUCGUCGGAGGCUCAAUGCGUAUCUGGGACUCGGAGGAGCUGCUCGAGGGUUACAAGAGGGAGGGAAUCGACCCGACACCCUACUACUGGUACACUGACCAGAGGAAGUACGGCACGUGUCCUCACGGUGGUUACGGUCUUGGUCUGGAGCGUUUCCUCACCUGGCUGCUGAACAGACAUCACAUCAGAGACGUGUGUCUGUAUCCACGAUUCAUCCAGCGCUGCCGACCAUGAACAAACAAACAGUCAGUCCAAGUUGCACGUAAGCAUCACCUAACUAAAAAAAAAAAGCAAGCCCAGAAACAGAGACAGAAUCCAAUGUUUGGUCCAGUUUUGUCUUCGCUCUAUGACGUCUCAACGCGUCUCCUCCUCAUGUUCAGUCUGUGAUCAUGUACCUGGUGUCUCUGCAAAUCAUGGACCAAAUAAAAUACUGUUCAAAAAUAAA